AUCUACCCGGAGCAGUAUUCAUACAUGUUAGACCUAAAGAGGAGUCUCGAUGCUAAGGGCCAUUGCAUACUGGAGAUGCCUUCGGGGACAGGCAAGACCAUUACACUGCUGUCACUUAUUGUGUCCUACCUCCGAGCUUUUCCACAGAAUCUCACAAAGCUCAUCUACUGCUCCCGAACCAUUCCCGAGCUGGAAAAGGUAAUUUCAGAGUUGAAGAAGCUUAAGAACUACAUUGAGAAGGAGACGGGAGAGCCUGCAAAACAUUACUGGCCUUGCAUUAGCCUCCAGAAAGCAUCUGUUUCAGCCCCAAAGGGAAGGGAGGAAAGCUUGUUGCAAUGGAUGCUAUGCUUUGACAGCCCCAUAUGUAAGAUCCAGGGCCAGAAGAUGACACAGUGCCACAGUGUGACUACUUGA